UUCAGCAGUUUUGUAAACAUCAAGAUGAAAGUAUUGGUUUUUCUGCUGGCAGUUAUUGCUGCAUCCCAGGCAUUUACUCUUUCCGAUGAACAGAAAAAGGCUCUGCUUGAUUUCAGUGCUGAAUGCAAGAAGGUGUCUGGUGUAACAGAAGAUGUAAUUAUGAAUGCAAGAAAGGGCGAAUAUCCAGACAACGCAGAUUUUAAGAAUCAUUUGUUGUGCAUGUCCAAAAAAUUGAAAUUGCAAAGUGAUACCGGUGAAAUUGACAAGGAAAAUCUUUUGGCAAAGCUAAAACUGAUUUUGGGAAGUGACGAGGCUGUGUCGGAAUUGGUAGGUAAAUGCAUUGGUGUCGUUAAAGGAGAUCCAGCUCAAAAAGCCUUCGCCGCCCUAAAGUGUUUCCACGAUAAUACACCUGAACAUAUUAAUAUCAUAUAAUGUGUCUAAUCCAUAUAAAAUAUUUUGUUUUAUAUAUUGAUAUUAAAAAUUAAAUUAAAUAAAUGAAUAAUGAGAU